AUGAGCUCAAUAUCGGAUCACGUUGACGCCCAACCUGACCUUAGUCCUACAGCGUCAAAUACGAGCAAUCUCUCGAGGCGACAACGGCUACUCGGAUUAGCCAAGGCAACGAGAGAUACAUAUAUUCCUAGGAUCUCAGGCUCUGUCUCGCAGAUUGCAUCUGGCGUGUCCAGUAGAGCUUUUGGUACAGGGAAUGACUUAUACGACGAGGAUGGCAACUUCAAGUGGCCGAAGGAUACUUCGAUAACACUCUUUCCGUCAUACACAAGACACUGCGAUGGAUACUACUAUACAGAUGUUAAGGGUUGGCUUUCAUGUCCUGGACUAAUGACAAGAAAAAAUAGGCUAAUUUUAUCUUUAGCGAAACAGGUUAUAAGGUACAAUUCUGAUCAAGCAGUAAAUAAAUUAGAAAGUGAAAGAUUGAGACCAGAUGUAUUGGCGAGUCAUGAGAACAGUUCCUCAGAUCUAGAUUCAUUACAGUCUGAUUCUUCUUCUUUGAAUACUACAUCUACACUUGAUGCACUGCAACAAGAUUUAACACGCCCGCCUACUAAUUCCUCUAUGCUGACACAUGGCGAUGACCUAAUUCGAGAGAGAUUAAAAUCUUUUAUGGCAAGAUCAAUACCCGAUGCUGAACUUUUGAUAGUUGUUGGUGCAGAAGACGGCAUGAGUUCAAAUGACUUAGUUCAUUUAACUGUAGUAACCGAUAUAAAUGGUCAUUUUGAAACUCGAAUUAAGUAUAAUUACAAACCGUCUAUAUUACAUGUUCGAGCGAAUGACAAUGAAUUCAUAUUUGCAUUUCAAGAUAUUAUGUUAGUUCCUAAUACUGGUGUGGGUGUAAUAAGUGACAUUGACGAUACCGUGAAACUCACUGGAGUCAUUGGCGACAAGAGAGAACUAAUGACCACGUUACUAUUGAAGGACAUGUCACUGUGGUGUAUUCCACGUAUAGCUCAGUGGUUUAACGAAUUGAAUGAUCGCUAUCCUCUUUCGUUCCAUUAUGUUUCCAAUUCACCAUGGGAGAUGUUUACUACCAUAAGUCAAUAUUUCAAAAUUGCGAAGCUUCCACCUGGAUCAAUACAUUUGAAGCAAUAUACCGGUAAUAUAAUUGGAUCAUUCAUGGAAUCGAGGUCUUCGAGGAAAAAGAGAGCACUUAACAAAAUAUUGGAUGACUUCCCUCAUAAAAAAUUCAUUUGUGUUGGUGAUUCAGGAGAGCAAGAUUUGGAAGCCUACGUUGACUUAGCAAAAAAUAACCCCAACAAUAUAGCGAAAAUAUAUAUAAGAUACGUGGCUGACUCACUCUCUUAUAUCGACGACAUGCAUAUAUUAGAUGAGAUCAAAAGGCUAGUAUCAGUCAAGAAAAGCAAAUCAAAGCAUAUUCCCCCAAAGCAUGCAUACACAAUAAGUAAUGAUGAAAUUGAAAAUCUCAUUGACUUAUCUGACUCACCAUCUCCACUUGCAGCCGAAAGGCUGGCCAAGCUCCCUCCUAUGAUUCCAAAGAAACCAACUAAUCUAAAAGGAAAUCUCGUUCGCAAGCCCCCACUACCAAGUAGAGAUAAGUAUCUCUCUAGGUUAUCUGAGGAUCAAGCUAGAAACAAUGAGAAAGGAGAUAUAAAAAAUUCUCCUGGGGAAAUGACAAGUCAGGUGCCAAGGUCUAAAACGUCCUCUUCCGUUGAUAGCAAGCUAAUUGAUAAUUUACACAACAUUUAUUACUCGCACAAUUACGAUGAGUUAGAAGACACAGACAAAAAAGGAGCUCAGUGGAUCCAUAGAGUAUUAUCUGCUCUUACAAGUUUGGAAGGCUUAUCAACAGAUCUUGAAUUCUUCACUGACGAAGAUGAAGAAUUUUUUGAAAAGAGUGCUUCAGAUAUUCAAAAACUUUUUGUGCAAAAAUGA